CUUAUAGCACUUUCAUUGUUAUCCCAAUAAAUACCACAAAAUACUGUGCUAGCAUUUUAUGUUCAUUGUAAAUAAAAGCCCCGAAUGCUCGUCUCUCCGCUCCACAAUUAUGCACCACUUUUUGUAAAUUACAGCUAAAAAAUAUGCAACAUUCCAUCUCACUGUCCAGCAUUUAAAUAAAUGUUCCUUUUCAAAAAAUAAAUAAAUAUCAAGUGGAGUAUCACGACAAAAAUCGUAAUUCUUCACUUGUUGGGUCUCAGCACCUUGACACAAAAAUUCAGACUGCUGGGUAGAACAUGUUUAAAAUUAAAAUAAUAAAAUCAAAUCAAAUAAUUCUUUCUACAUAAGACGUCACCAUCCCUGUUUGAGGAAACUCCAGUGUUUGGGUUUUUGGCUUCCUUUGGGAGAGAACGUCGCUGUUCUCUGAACCAUUUCAGAAUCAUCAUCAUGUAACUGCUAAUCAACAGGCCUUGACUGCAGAGGACACAUUUCAAACUGCGCUGAUGGGACACAAACAAAACAGAGAGCGUUUGCAGACAGCAGCAGCAGCACCUGCUCUCUGAGCCGUUGGACCGAACGUCGCUGCCAGCUCAGGGAUUCCUGUGCACAUUAGCGUCUGCGUGGCUUCAACAGUUUUGGUGAAAGUACACGAGCUGCUGGCCCGCCCUCCGUCCCUCUGACCCCCGUCCUAUUCUCUGCCUCUCUCCUGUUGUCCCAGCAUGGCUGCAGGAUGGCUGCGCUUUGGCCUCUCCCUCUGCUGCUCUCCCAGCGUCUCUGGGCCUGUUUGGCCCUGACCCUCCCGGAGGAGCCUCACGACGGGCCCCCGUCGGCGGGCUUUGACGCCGGCCGCGUCGGCCCAUCUGUGGAUCUGCCCGGUGCUCUGAGGGUGUUCAGCUUGGACUACCACCACGUGCAGGCUCCCUUUGAGAUUGUGUUGUGGAUAAUGCUGGCCUCACUGGCCAAGCUGGGUUUCCACUGGUCCGGUCGAGUCCCAGCUGUUGUCCCAGAAAGUUGCGUCCUCAUCAUGGUGGGCCUGCUUGUGGGAGGGGUGGUCUACGGGGUCCGCCACUCUGCUCCCCCUACUCUGAGUGCCGACGCGUUCUUCCUCUUCCUGCUCCCGCCCAUCGUUCUAGAUGCAGGUUACUUCCUGCCUGGGAGGCUGUUCUUUGAAAACCUUGGUACCAUCCUCUGGUAUGCGGUGCUGGGAACCCUAUGGAACGUGCUGGGCAUUGGCCUGUCUCUGUACGGCGUUUGCCUGCUGGUUCCAGACUCUCUGGGAGACAUCUCUCUGCUCCACUGCCUGCUGUUUGGCUCGUUGAUCGCUGCCGUUGAUCCCGUGGCCGUGCUUUCCGUCUUCCAAGAGAUGCACGUCAAUGAACAGCUGCACAUCUUGGUGUUUGGAGAGUCGCUGCUCAACGACGCUGUCACAGUGGUGCUCUACAAGCUCUUUGAGUCCUUUCUGCGGCUGCCUUCGGUGACUGGAUUGGAUGUACUGGUGGGAGGUUUGAGGCUGAUAGUGGUGGGUUUGGGAGGCUUCUUUGUGGGACUGUUCUUUGGCUUGGUGGCAGCUCUCACCUCACGGUUCACCUCCAGAGCCCAGGUCAUCGCUCCCCUCUUUGUCUUCCUGUAUUCCUACCUGUCCUACCUGACUUCAGAAAUGCUUCACUUCUCAGGAAUCAUGGCCAUUGUGACCUGUGCUGUGACCAUGAAACAGUACGUGGAGGCUAACGUGUCAGAGCGCAGCAACACCAACAUCCAAUACUUCCUGAAGAUGUGGAGUAGCGUGAGUGAGACCUUGAUCUUUGUCUUCCUCGGUGUGUCCACCAUACAAGACAUACACAUGUGGAGCUGGCCCUUUGUCUGUUCCACCCUGCUGCUCUGCCUCGUCUGGAGGGCCACAGGCGUUCUCUUGCUCACCGCUGUGGUGAACAAGCUUCGGAGGAACGCCGUGACCUUUAGAGACCAGUUCAUCAUCGCCUACGGUGGCCUCAGAGGAGCAAUCUGCUUUUCUCUGGUCUUCCUCAUUGAUGACUUCCCAAAGAAGAGGCUCUUCAUCACAACCACCAUCGUGGUCAUUCUCUUUACCGUCUUUGUGCAGGGGAUGACCAUCAAGCCUCUGGUGGAGCUGCUGGACGUGAAGAGGAAGAAGAGAGCUCUGCCUACUGUCAGCGAGGAGAUCCACAGCAGGGUCUUAGACCAUCUGCUCUCAGGAAUAGAAGAUGUGGUUGGCUACUGGGGGCAACAUUACUGGAGAGACUGGUUUGAGCAGUUCAACAAGAGGUACCUUCGACGUUUCCUUAUCGGCGAGCAUCACCAGGCUCGCUCCAGCAUCCUGAGAGUCUACCAGGAGCUGGAGAGGAGGGAGCAGCAGGGGGGCGAGGAGGCACCGCCACCAGUGGACCCCCGCCCUGGCGGCCGUCCCCUCUUGCCGGAGGAAAUGGACAGCAUCAGGCGUAUUCUGUCCAGAAACCUGCAAAACUUUAACAAGAAGCAGACUCCAGCCUACAGUAGACACACCUUGCACCAAGAUGGCUCAGCGAAGACGGCCCUGCACAGACAUCAGAGCCUUCCAGAGAGACACACCUGUAGCAGAAGCGCGCUCUGCCCACAGCGGGCGCAAGGAGAGUUCUCCAAGUCUUACAGAGGGAGAGCACGACUCAGCAGAUCUCACACAGUGUGCUCAGCAAGCCCGAGACGGUCCGACCCCCCCGACUCUGUAGACCCGGCUGCUCUGAAUCCGACUCAGCCAUCGGAUCCCGAACCUGCUGCGGAGGAGCAGCAAUCUCCGCUGCACCGGGCGCCGGUAGAGAGAGCAACAAAGAAACAACUCAGCUUUGUUCUGGAAAGGGAGACGCAUCAAUAAAGGGAGAGAGUGGCUGCGUUUCCAUCACAAAUAUACGCAGAACUUGGCCGUUGUCCGAAAACAACAAAACAA